AUGGCGACGACGAACCCCCAACAGUUGAUCCAGCUGGCCAAGUCGCUCCCGGCCCCCUUACAGCGCUUCCUGGCCCGUUGGCCUCCCGCGUCCAUCGUCCCCGAGGGCACCGCCCCGACCGCGUACCAGGAGGCUCGCCCCAACCCCUUCAAGGCCUACAGGAACCCGGCGACGGGCAAGUGGCAGGACGCCGUGUACUCGCAGCGCCGGCAGGCCCAGCUGGUGCAGAUGGCGCGCGACCACGGCGUCGAGCAGCUCCUGCCCGAGACCAACAAGGGCAUCGAAUACCGCCUCACCAAGCGGGUCGAGCACGGCCUGCGCGUCAAGGGUACCGGUGUCGGGCAGAGCGUCAAGGGUCACAUUCACGAGAGGCAGAUGAUUUCAAAGAUGGAAAAGAGGAGGAAGGCCAUGCUCGAAAUGCCCCAACUCAUCAGGGAAUGGAAAAAGGUUGGAAAGAACAACUGGACCAAGUGGCCGAAAUAG